AUGGGCAAAACCUUGUUGUACCAAUGUUCCAUUCUCCUCACACUCCUCGCCUUCCACUCAAUCCUGCUCACCACAGAAUGCAGGCAGCUCCGUUCCAUCACAAACCCACCUCCGGCCGCCACACUUUCCGAUCACGAAGAAGGAUCGAAGGAAGACUUCCGGCCCACCGCCCCCGGCGUCAGCCCCGGCGUCGGACACCCCAAUGACGAUUUCCGGCCGACUGCGCCAGGGUACAGCCCCGGGGUCGGACAUUCGGUCGGGUUGCAGAACAGAGGAGAGAGCUACAACAACGACGAUUUCAGGCCGACCGCCCCUGGGUUCAGCCCCGGAGUCGGGCACGCCGAGCUGACCGACGACAGCGUCGACGCUUUCCGGCCUAGAGAAACAGAGGAUUUUAAACCCACGCAGCCUGGACACAGCCCCGGAGUUGGACAUGCCGCCGUGUUUACGAGCAGCAAAAGGAAUGGCAGGAAGCGAGAACCGACUCAGCCUGGGCACAGCCCUGGAAAGAACGAUUUCAGGCCUACUCAGCCUGGACACAGCCCUGGGAUCGGGCACAAGAACUAG